UAUUAAAGCAAUCGGUGAUUCAAAAAAUCCAAUUUUUAACCUGAGCAAAUCUAUCUGAAAACCACAAUUACUGCUUGUGGUUUUCACCAGAAAAAAUAAAAUAAAAAUUCAGCGGCAUUUAUCGCCACAUUUGCAAAUGGCAGCAGCGUUUUUGAAUACUGGCGGCUACGCUCUAGUCUUCUUAUUAGCCAUAUUGGUCCCACAUGUUCAAGCCAAUGUUGCAGUCUUCGACAACUACUGGACGCAGCGUCAAGGCGAUGCGUUGAAACAAACCAUUGCCUCUUACGACCCUAAUCCGCUUAACGUCACCGACCACUUGAAUUACCAUGUCGCUUUAGCAGUGGACGCCACGGAAUCAACCAACAACACGAGGAGAGAGCUGAUUGGUCGGAAAACGCAAGAGGGAAGUGGAAAAUGCAUAGCUCAUAACCCCAUAGACAAAUGCUGGCGAUGUGACCCUAACUGGGAGAAGAACCGUAAGAAACUAGCGGAGUGCGUCCUCGGAUUCGGCCGGAAAACCACCGGAGGAAAAGACGGACCUAUCUACAUCGUCAACGACUCGUCAGACGACGAUCUUGUCAACCCUAAGCCAGGUACGUUAAGGCACGCCGUGACCAGAGACGGACCGCUUUGGAUCAUAUUCGCAAACAGCAUGGUCAUAAAACUUCAACAAGAACUGAUGAUAACGAGCAACAAAACGAUUGAUGGACGAGGAGCAAAGGUUUAUAUCAUGGAAGGUGUUGGAUUGACGCUGCAGUUUGUGAAUAAUGUGAUCAUAAACAAUAUUUAUGUUAAGCACAUUAUUCCUGGGAACGGUGGCUUGAUCAGAGACUCUGAGGAACAUGUAGGGCUCAGGACAAAAAGUGAUGGUGAUGGAAUCAGUUUGUUUGGAGCAACUAAUGUUUGGAUCGAUCAUGUCUCGAUGACGAGAUGUACAGAUGGUAUGAUCGAUGCUAUUGAAGGAUCAACUGCAGUUACUAUUUCCAACAGCCAUUUCACUGACCACCAAGAGGUGAUGCUUUUUGGGGCGAAGGACGAACACGUGAUUGACAAGAACAUGCAGAUAACAGUAGCGUUUAACCACUUUGGUAAGAGACUGGAACAGAGAAUGCCUCGUUGCAGAUUCGGAACGAUCCAUGUGGUGAACAAUGACUACACACAUUGGGAAAUGUAUGCUAUUGGUGGAAACAUGAACCCUACAAUAAUUAGCCAGGGCAACCGUUUCAUCGCUCCUCCUAACGAACAAGCUAAGGAGGUUACAAAGAGAGAGUACACGUCUUACACUGAUUGGAAAAGCUGGAAUUGGCAAUCGGAAGGAGAUUACUUCCUAAAUGGAGCUUAUUUUGUACAAUCCGGAAGACCAAAUGCAUGGAGCCCUAAACCGAAAAACCCUGUCCCAAGCAAGUUUGCCAUUCGACCUAAACCGGGAACAAUGGUGCGUGAACUCACCAUGGACGCAGGAGCACUUGGCUGCGAACCGGGUAAAGCCUGUUGA